AUGGAGGAAGAUAACGCGGGAGAUGUGUGUAAAUUUGUGCAAAAACUCCGCGAAGGCGAGCUGGCUAUGCGAGUGCGAUUCGGAACUUUGGAAUUCACAGCUAAGCUUUGCACAUACGGAAAUUUACUGGUACUUCAAUCAACUUCUCGACCAAUGGAGCCGAUAGUUUUUGUCAUGGAGCGAUAUCACAUUAGAAAAGACGAAGAUGAAACACCCAACCUUUUCCCAUUUUCAAUAGUUUUUGCUGAUGAGAUUUUGCAGCUAAUUCCCACUUCGACUGAACAGCGGGAGAAACUGAUGCUGGAGUUAGCUACAUGUUCACAUACGAUGACAACGGCGAGAAUGGACGAAGUUGCCUAUAAAUUUUUCACUAUGCAGAUAAUCGAUGGUCAAAAUGAUGAUCUUUCGCACGGAUCAACUUUACAGAACUAUUUUCUAGCUAAUCCCUUUUCAGUUACACACAAUUUUGCCAUCACAAGUAAAAUGAAUCUUCCUUUAUGGCGAUUUUCUUAUAAAGAAGUGAUGUGGGAAUCGAAAUUCAGUAUCAUGCUUCCAUUAGAGAUGAUCAAAUUGUACAAGAGAUGGGGUCGUGAGUUUGCAAAUAUCCUAGAAUCGAAGCAAUCAUUUUAUCCAUCGACUGACAUCGCCGGCCUACAAGACACACUUCGACAUGUCAGAGAUAAUCUGGAGAUCUACGAACAAUCUCUGGAGUUUUUGCAGGGUCAUUCAGGUGCUUUGUUUCGGCCAUCAGUUGAGAAGACGAGAGUCGCCUAUGCACCAGUGCCCACAAAUCUCCAUAUCCAGUACUUCAAUGUGCAAGGAGAGGCGGCAAAAUGCAUAGUGACAGCUGGGACGGCCUCUUGUCUUCCCCUUCGAUUUCAUCACGGUGGUCUUGAGAAGUUGAUUGAUGGUGUGAAGAUCAGUUCACAAUGGAUGAAUCGAGCAUUUGAUUUGAAACAAAGUGAACUCGGUGAUGUCAAGAGAGAAAUCGGAGAGUUAAGCCGUUUGCUUACACCUGAGAAAUCUGCCUUAAAGACUUUGGAUGGGAUUUUCAUUGAGAUCUCGACUGGGAUAAAACAGGUACGAGAACGUUUGAAAGACAUGUCGAACCGGAUCCCUGAUUGUGACUCGAUCUCGCAAGCUCUUUCUUACUCAACUCAGCUCAAUAAUAAAGUCGAUGGUGUUCUGGAUGCGGUAAGCAAUCAGUUAGAAGCCUUGACAACUCAAAUUAUUUCUCUUGACACGAAAAUUGCCACUGCUGAUGUCACAGACAAUGGACAAGAAUUGGUUUUCGAGUCGAUCAAAUCAGCGAUCGAGAUUUCGCUAAAUGCGGAACUUGAGCUAUGCAACACUCUCUCUGAAUGUCUCUUGCUCAGCUUUAUUCGAUCACUGAAUCGUGGAAAAGCGAUUACUCCUUAUUUUCACGUACAACUCAGAACUGAUUUCGUUCUUUCGCAAGCAAUCACAAUAGUGGCCACUGCUUUACUCGUUCGGAUUCAACAAGGAUGGCCAGUUGAUGGAAAUGGAAACGCACUACCUCCUUUGUUAAUCAUUUUCUCAUGGCUGUCUCCAUAUGGAGAUGAAAAGGGAAUGAUUGAGGAUGCCACGGAAGCCUGGUCUCUUCUCGGUCAAAUCGUUUCGUUUAGAUUUGUACCGGCUCCGUCGACUUUAAGCCGUUCGUGUAUUCCGAUAAUUGGUGGAAAAAGAACAAACAUACAAGUGAGUCUUCCAAUACCUCAUGAUGUUUAUGAGUUACUUCCGCCAAAUGUCGCUCGAGCCGACGGGUGGAGAGUUCAACCAGCCUACUUUAAUCUCGGCAUCAACCAUGAGGCAAGCCUUGCUCAACAAUGGGGAGGACCGGCACUUGAAUCGCAAGUAAAUCACACCGCUCUGCUGGCAAUGCAAAACUACGUACAUUCUUUGCCGGCAAUCAACACCGUAGUCAAAGAAGCAUUGUUUGAAUUAACAAAUACGAUUAAUGCCGAGGCGUCGAGGAAAAAUAUGGAGAUCUUCGAGAAAGCGAUGGCACUUGCAGAGGCUCUCGGGGUACAAGUUGUGAUUGGAUGCAAAAGUGGAAAAGAUCGAACCUCGAUGGGCAUCACUCUCGAGCAAGGGCGUCGAUUACGAGAAACACACGGUUUCGAUCACGAUCAGGUAAUGGAAAUUGUGACUUGCCUGCGAAAAGACGGGGUUCGCCGCGAGAAUUGUCGCAAAAAUAUCGGCAAAGGGGCUUACGCGUUUAGUCCUUUUCAGAUGCACUUCAUCCCGAAAACGCUUCGCCCGCCAGCUGGCACCUAUUCGUCCAAUAUUACAACU